AUGGACGCCAAGAAGAGGUCGCCGCCCACCCCCGCGGCCGCCGGAGCCGCGCCGCCCGCGGCCAACGGGUACUUCAGCUCGGUCUUCUCCGCGUCGCCGUCGCCUGCGGCAAAUCCAAGAGACGCCAGGCAGAUGGACCUGUACACGAUACUGAACAAGCAGAACCCCAAAGGGCAGAGUGGCGGGGGCAUUGCAGAUGCCAAAUCCCAAGGCAGCCCUACCAUAGGUCGUGUUGCUUACAAAGAUGGAAAACAGUUUUAUCCAAACGAGUCCUCGGAGUCACCUUACUUUGGCUCGUCUGUGCAUUACGGUGGCCGGGACUUCUAUGACAGCUCUCCACACAAGCAAGCCGAUGAGUCAUCCAGAAAUUAUAAGGAGGAUAAUGCGGAUGGCUCCCUGGCUACCAGAGGUGAUUGGUGGCAAGGUAUGGCAUUUAACUUUACUACUAAAAACACUUUGCAAUGGACUCUCCUACUGUGA